CCCCGAACUGGUUCCGCGAGGGCAUCCGCCCUGCUCCUCGAUUGCGCCUGGCGAGGCCAUCCGUCCUACCCAGCGACCGCGUCUGGUGACGGCGGCCGGCGACCCGACCCGCCCAGGACUGCCCCUGAACGGACUGGUCACGAGUUCCUGCUCUUAUACUGGACUACUCACUGGGAUUGCGCAUUGCGUAAAGAACUGCUGAUUCCACGACUUAACCACGAGGAUUUCUGUCCAACUCCCGAGGCCAUCCGUCCUGCUCUGCGACCGAGCCUGGUGACCGCGACCGGCGAUCCAUCCCGCCCCGGACUACCCCUGUACCGACUGGACACGAGUUCCUGCUUCACACACUGAACUGCUUACUAGGAUUGGCUCCUUACGUACAGAACUGCUGCUUCCACGCACUAGCGAUGCCGCCCACCAGACGCUCCAAACGCAACCGAAAGCCUAAGAACGCCAACCCUGACGACCCAACAGAAAAGGAGCCACCCGUCGACCCCAACAAAGACCCUAAGGACCCUCCCCCCAACGUCUCUGAGAGAGAGCAGCUGAAGCAGUUGCAGCAACAAGUCAGUGCCCUGACAUCGGUGACUGAACGGCUGGCCAAACACAUAGAGUCAUCAGGUAGCCACUCCGAGCAACCCGAUCCAUCCCUGCCGCCCGCCGUCCUGGACCCCAGGCAUUCCAAGGACACUCUUGUAGACCGUAUUAUAGGUGAAGAAAAUGACCUCUUCGUGGUUAAAACCACCGAUAACAUCAACCGAAGUAAGGAUAAGGAUAAGAUAACUAGUGAAACUACUAACAAGACCAUCCCCCCAGCGCCUACCACCACUACUUCUCAUCUCCAAACGGGUAUCCAUGUACCAUUGGACAGUGGGGUCCCCACACACAUAAAGGACAAAAUCUGGAGCAACAAAUAUGUAGAUUUCAAACAACUCCUCCCCAACCUCUGUACAGACCCACUUUACACUGUCUCCUUAACCGACAGCCUGACACCCACACUAACUAUUGCGAAUCGCCCCUCUCCACAGGAAAGCAGACGCCUCACCAUCGACCAAUGGACGUCUGCUUUCCUGGUCUUCCAGUUCAUCUACAUGCAACAGCACCCCCAACACGGCCCACACCUCGUCUCAUAUCUACAUCUUAUCCGUGACCUAGCCUCCCGCAGAGCGCAGUGCGGAAAAUAUGACGAACAGUUCCGCCAUCACAGGGAAACAUCUCCCGACACGCCCUGGAACACCCCACACUUACAACUAUAUGUAGACGCACUAACUGGCAUUCCCCCUCCAGAUCAGGCCGCGGCCCCCCAGACCAGCGCCCCGACCCGCCGGGCUGACACACACCAGACCCGGCCCCAGACCCGACCCAAAGAUGUCCCCCACGGGUACUGUUUUCGCUUCCACAGGCCCGAUGACCAGUGUUUCAAAGCCCUCUGCCCCUACAACCACACAUGCUAUAUCUGCAACAGUGGAAAGCACAAAGCUUACCAAUGCACCCAAAAAACCGCCGCGAACGCUACCAACUCCCGUAGACGUUAGACCCCUUCAGUAUUACCUUAGAGGUUACC